UUUACUGAAUCAUUACGCUCAAGAAAUUGUAACUCAUUGUGUUUUCAACUUACAAAGCUCACCUGAAAUAAAUUUAUUAGUUGAAGAAUUAAAUUAAUUUCUUUUUAUAUAGCAAGUCUAGAUGUUUUUCCUUGUUGACAAGAAGCUGAGGCCGCAAGACGGCGAUGAUGAUCAUGCUUGGGUCAUUUGGUCACUUGUUGAGGGUGGGUAUGACAAGGAAGCGCGUGAUCAGAUAUCGAAGAUAGUGGUGGCAUGUGUGGACUACCUGGAGGACUCCAUCUGCAGAAGUAGCAUCCGAUUCAUCACCACAUCCUCCCUCCGAAUCUCAGUUCUCACUAUCGACCAAUUCGUCAUAGGUCUUGGCUGCAGCAAAUGUUUCACGAAUGCUCAAGUAGACAGUAAACUGAAGACAAUCGUCGACAUUUUCUCCUUUUACUGUGGAUCCUUCGAAAAAAUCAGACUGAGCAUCAUAGGACCUGGUCCCGAUUACAAAAGAACGAGAGAAUUCAAAACCGCUUUUUAUCCUAAAGACUAUCACUCGGUCGAUAAGGAGGAGGAGGAGGAGGAAAGCCAACAGAGCACAGAACCAGUGUUUCUACCUGAUGAAACAGGCAGCUGUGGUUCGACUCCUGCUUUGGGCCACUUUUUCGAACGAUAUGUGAAAGAGAGGUUCAUUUCUGCGCCUGGAACUGCUUUCAAUUUGAAGUUCAUUCCUCAGCACAGCGAGCGUGACAUUGCACUGCUGACUCAUCAGAUUUUGAGCAACCUUGUCAGUCGACCGAUGGUUUGUGGGGUGGCAGUUUUCUUCAAGGGAAAGGCGAUCUUGUCGACACUGCCUCACCAGUUGACGAGCAACAUCCAGUACCUGAUUGAACAGAAGAUAGCCUCUUUGGACAGGGAGAAGAAAGACAACAAUGACGUCAUUAACGGACAAUGUCGUUGUGAAAUGAAUCUGGAACUACCCCAGCUUGUCGUAGAAGGUAUGAAACAAGAAAUCGGUCAAGAGGAUCUUAAAUUACGGAACUUAAGAGAAGUUUACGUAACGAAAGAGCAAUACAUCCAGUGCCUCAAAUCUUCAGACAACAUUGCCCAAAACCUCCACACCUCGACCUCCUUCAAACCACGUGACUUCAAAACCCUUAGAGGUUCUAAUCCUCUGGGCAUGGGCGGGGCUACUGCUGCGAGUCUGUUUGCUGAUGAGAGCAGCAAACGCUCCGUCGAAAUACCAGAACUGGAGUGGGGGAGAGUUCCUCUGUACCUGCAUGACAGGGGUGACGCCGACAUUGCAGUGUGCACUCUGCUUCAGAAGGGAUCACUAGAGAGUGUGGAUCAUCUUCUUAACCUAAUUAAUAUUCUCUUGAGCAAAGCUAAAACCCAGUUCGAUGAACUCUUCCACAGCAAGAGCAUAAUGUCCAACUCCAAAAUACAAGAACAUGCAGCCGUAGUUUUCAACAACAUGGAGCGCAAUCCAGAGUUUGAGGUGUUACAGACACUGCAGAUGGUGAAGGCAGAGGGGGGCUUAACAGGGACGGGGGGAGGCAGCAGCAGCUCCGGCAACAAGUCCUCCUCUUCUUCAGCCGCAAAUUCGAAAGCGGACAGAUUGUUUGGAGUGGACCUGAUGACUGGAUCUCUGAGUGGCCGUGAAGACUAUGAGCAGACGAGUGCCGAGUCGAAGAGGACAUUCGCUCUCAUUCAGGGACUAAUAGAGCAGAACACACAGAGCUCCAGGCCUGGAUACCCCGCAGAGAUACAUAUCAAGUCCGCCCAGUCGUACCAGAGUCUUUACUCGAUGGGGGAGCACAUGGCCUUCUACGAACACGUGUUCGGCAUGGGGGGCUCAUUGCACGACAACUCCCUUCCUGCCAUCAUCAUGCGGAUGGAGAAGCAGUCUCUGGACACUGCCAAAUUCAAAACAGAAUCCAAGAACAAACAAUCUAACCAAUGAAAUCAAAGCUAAAUACAGAUAGUCGAUAAAGAAGAAAACGAGAAAUACUUUAGUGUAUUUUUCCAUCCAGCUGGGAGGGUCAAACAGAAGAUUUUCAUAGCACUUUGCUUAGAAACGUAUUAUUUCAGUUUUGAAGUGCUUAACUUCAGCAAAUUGAAAAUUAUUUAAUUAUCAAGCUGCAGAUAAACAUCGAAUACAAAAU